AUGUCCGAACCGCACGCCCCUCACCCCAGCCCCAGCGAAGAAUACGACGAAUUUCCUCUCUCCCCCAUCCCCCCUAUCGACCUCAUCCAUUCCUCCAGUCGGCAGAGUCUCGAGCGUGAAACAACCGUAGAUGCUCACCAGUACGAGGCCGGGCCGCCCGAGCCCGAGCCUCAGCCCGAGCCCCAGCCCGAGCCUCAGCCCGAGCCCCAGCCCGAGCCUCAGCCCGAGCCCCAGCCCGAGCCCCAGCCCGAGCUUGCGCCCGCGCCCGCCCAUGCCGAACACCAUCGAAUCCGGUCGCCACGCGUGCGCUUUCGCUCCAUCAGUCGCUCCAUCAGCCAGCAAUUCCAUCAUCUGCCCGGCAGCGACUCUCACCGAGUUUCCUCAGACCGCUCCGACGCUUCCCAUCAUCCAUUACUGCCGCCCGCGGACUUGAGUGAUAUCCCGCUGUCCGGAAGCGUCACCCCGCCGGCGCCGACACAUGUACGCCACACGGGCCUCGCAGGUGGCCGCACGCCAAACAAUGAGUACGUCCCCGGCGAUUCAGAGAAAGACGCGCAUCAUGAUCAGGAAAUGGAGCGCACUCAUUCCGCGCGCGAGCGCUUCCGACAUGCGGGCCAACUCCUCCGCCAGAAGACCCUGCGACUGACCGAGCGCCUCGGUCGCUCGCCAGACGAGGGCGAGGCCUUGAACGCAACCAUCAUGCCGGAGGACCUCGGUAUCCCCCUGGAGGAACUGCAGGCGCGCCGGGCCCGCCAUGCUGCGGAUCGAUUGCGGACGCUGGAGGCUGGUGAGGAGCCGCACGAGGCGCCACCCAGCGCUGAGGCACAUCGCCUCGUCCGCAGCAUGACCCAGGCCCAGGAUAAUCCCGCCUUGCGCAAGCGCCGCCCGCGUGGGGCGUACCAGCGGUCCGGGCAAACCACCCCCGAGGGCAUGCUGAAGGACUUUGCGGCGCGUCGCCGGUCCAGUGGACUGGCUGGGGGGAGCGGGAUUCUUUCGCAGCUGCUCAAGCUGCACGCCGCCCAGACGGGGAGCUCUUCGCGGGCGGAGAGUGUCAUCACCGAUGACUCGGACAGCGACACACAGGUGUCCUCGGGCGGGGCCACGCCGAGGAAGAUCGGUUCGCUGUCUCCUUCCCUAGCCCCACGGUCCACGCCGGCCUCUGGCACCGCCACCCCGCGCAAGGAGAAGAUUAAGUGGUACAAAAAAUCCGCGCACCGGUCCACCUCGUCGCUGGUCGACGCUUCUUUAAACCUGGGGCGCCCGACUCUCCCGCCCGUCACAGUCGAGUCUCUUCAGCCGGGGAAGAAGCACAAGCGCAGGCGCAAGACUCGGCUGGAAGACGAGAUCCGGGUCACGGUGCACAUUGCAGAGAUCUUGUCUCGCCAUCGAUACAUUAUGCAGCUGUGCCGUGCGCUGAUGCGCUACGGAGCGCCGACACAUCGGCUGGAGGAAUAUAUGCAGAUGACAGCUCGGGUGCUCGAGGUCUCGGGGCAGUUCUUGUAUCUCCCCGGGUGUAUGAUUAUGUCCUUCGAUGACCCGACCACUCGUACGGCGGAGGUCAAGCUGGUGCGCAUGGUGCAGGGCGUCGACCUGGGUCGCUUGGCGGAUACACAUAACGUGUAUAAGAAUGUCGUGCAUGAUCUCAUCGGUGUCGAAGAGGCUACCCAGGAGCUGGACGAGAUCAUGUCGCGCAAGCCGCGUUUCAACAAGUGGAUCCUUGUCCUGACGUACGGCCUGGCCAGUGCCGCCGUCGGGCCCUUCGCCUUCAGUGCGCGACCCAUCGACCUGCCCGUUAUCUUCUGUCUAGGCUGCCUCGUCGGCCUGAUGCAACACGUUCUCGCACCCCGCUCUGUCCUCUACUCCAACGUCUUCGAAGUCACCGCCGCCGUCCUGACAUCCUUUUUGGCCCGGGCCCUGGGUAGCAUCAAAAUCACCCGCAACGGCCAGCAGGAGGAGCUCUUUUGCUUCUCCGCGCUCGCCCAGUCCUCCAUCGCCCUCAUCCUGCCCGGUUUCAUGGUCCUCUGCAGCAGUCUGGAACUGCAAUCGCACCAGAUGAUCGCCGGAUCAAUUCGCAUGGUCUAUGCCAUCAUUUACUCUCUCUUCCUAGGCUACGGCAUCACGGUCGGCACCACGGUAUAUGGCCUCAUGGAUGGCAAUGCCACCUCCGCAACGACCUGCUCCAACGUAGGUAUCUACGGCUCCGCUUACACAGCGCGGUUCCCCUUCGUCGCCAUCUACGCCGUCUUUCUGGCCAUCGUCAACCACGGCAAGUGGAAACAGAUGCCAGUCAUGGUCUUCAUCGCCGUGGCGGGGUACGUCACAAACUUCUUCAGCACGACUAAGCUUGGCUCCCAGUCCGAGGUUGCCAAUACUGUGGGCGCCUUCACCAUUGGCGUCCUGGGUAACCUCUACAGCCGUCUCUGGCACGGCCACGCCGCCACCGCAAUUUUGCCAGGUAUCUUUGUUCUCGUGCCGUCCGGUCUCGCGUCCAGUGGCUCGCUUAUCGCGGGUGUGCAGUACGCCAAUUCAGUCCGGGAUAAUCUUGCGUCGUCAAAUAAUAGUACGACCAGUCUGUCUGACACCUCGGUGGCCAGUCUUGGCUUUGGCAUGAUCCAGGUUGCAAUCGGUAUUACGGUGGGCUUAUUUAUUGCCGCGCUCGUCGUUUACCCCUUGGGCAAGAAGCGAACUGGUUUGUUCAGCUUCUAG